AUGAGUGGAACUGGAGAUGAGAUAAAUACUGCCAAGAAAUUGAGAAUGAUGGAUACCAGAAUUAUGGAUACCAGAAUUAUGGAUACCAGAAUGAUGGAUUUGAUAUCGGAGGAUAACGACGCUCUACUUCACCUGGAUGACUGCGACAACAAUGUCGAACGACCACUAGCUGAUCGAGGAAAUGAUAAUGCCAUUAACGAUAAUGCCAUUAAUGAUAAUGCCAAUAACGAUAAUAGCGAUAAUGAUGACGAGCAUGGGGGUUUCCUUUGGAAAUUUGACAGUAAUAUUGGUAUCGAUUACAUGACCAAUGUACCAUCAACGCUUCAUGAAUGUUGUCGCUGCGGGUUGCGUAAGGCAUGCAUCGAUUUGCUUCAUGAUAGGGGACAUAAUGUGUGUCGGGACUGUCGAUGGAAAUAUCGAGAUGAUUAUAGGACAUUGCAUCAAUCUCGAGUUGCUUAUGACUACGGACUGAAUUCUAGGGAUCUAAUGCCUCUAUUCUGUCUAGUUAAACCAAAUAAGAACUCUCGGCUACAAGACAUUAAACUGUACUUUAAGUUCCAACUGGAAGAAGCCUGUUCCAAAAAGCAUGGGUCGCUACAAAAUUGGAUCAGCAAACGAGAAGAGAAGCAAUUAGCUAAAUUCAAACUUCUGUCGACUGCUUAUGAGCGCAGCGUGAAAGCUAAAACUCCGGCUCUGGAGUCCAAACAGUGCAGACAUAUUCACUCAACCAAAACUUUUAAUGAUGGGCUUUGGACCGAAACCUGUCCAGACUGCGGUCAUAACGAAAAGUGGCAAGAGCUGUAA